GCAACCUAACCUAACCUGACUAUGGCAUUCGAUCGGAUCGUGAUACGGACGGGACGCGCGAAUUGUCCGCUGCUUCUGCUGCUCUGAAAGUCAACGAUGACGCGCGGCUACGUCGCGGUGAUGAAAUAGCAAACACCAUCGGUGAGAAGGCCACACAUCGGUCGACAGUGAAACGUGGACACAGGGAUGUCAAUGUCGAAGCGACGCGGUGACUAAACUAGAUUCGCCAAGAUGGAAUAAACUUUGCGUACACGGUGAAACGUAAAUACAUCCGUGACGAAACAGCGCCUCGACAACAUCCAGAUCGGUCUCUUCCUCGUUGCCGAGUCAAGAGAGUAGGAAAUAAAAAUGGAGGAGAAACGUAGCAGUAGAGAUAUAGUAGAAGAAGAGCUAGAAGACACUGAAAACAUAAUAAUUAACGAAGUAGAUGGCUUACCAAACUUGCAUCCAAAUUAUGAACAAUUAGAGCUCAAAUUUGAGAGAGAAAGUGAAGAUGACACAAAUAUUAGAUCGAUUGACGAGUUGAUUCAUGACGAAGAUCUACCAACUUCUGUAAUCGUUACGAACGUAGAUCCUCGAGUUUUCAAGUGCGAUGAUUUAAAGUCGGCCAUAGAAAACCUUUUCAAACAGUUUGGAGAAGAUGCUACGUUUCAGUACUUCAGAUCCUUCAGAAGAAUGAGGGUAAAUUAUAAUUCCCCUAGUGCUGCAGCAAAUGCAAGAAUACAGCUGCAUCAAUCACAUUUUGGGGAAACUGAUAUAAAUUGUUACUUUGCACAACCAGUGACGCCUAUAGAUAUGGAGGAUCAACAUCUUCAACCACCUGCACUUACUAAACAAUUUCUUAUAUCUCCUCCCGCUUCUCCACCAGUCGGUUGGGAGCCACGUCAAGAAGAAGAACCACUCGUUAAUUAUGAUUUAUUAGCUGCUAUAGCCAAUUUAUCAGCAGGCGGUACACACGAGAUACAUCCAGGAGGAUCAGGACAGCCAGGCAUAGUUGUGCAUGUUUGCGAAAAUGCGAAUCCAACGAAAAGUACGGCUCGCAUUCAACACACGCGAUGUCCGGAACACUAAUACUUUUUUUUCUAUUCCGCAUCUCGGAUCACGACAUUUAUCUCAUUUUUAUGCCCUGAAAGCCAAAUACAAGCUGAGGUAAAAGGGCGAAUAAGCGAUUUAAAUUAGUAUUACGUCAGAGUUGUAAUUUAAAACUAAUUGCGCGACUGGUACCCAAUUGACGAAAGUAAUAUGUUGUUGAAAAAGAUUACAGCUCGGUACGAUACAGACAACGAUGCGAUGUCUGAUACCUACCAAGUUUUUUGCGGAUAGCAGUGAUCUAUAAAUACUAACAAUCUAUAAAUAUCCGUUGUUAUAUCGAUCAAGAUAUAAAAUUCGAUUGCGUUUAUCCAUUGAGAAUUUGUGUUUGGUUGUGGUUCAUCUCUUAGACUGUGGUCAAGUUGACGCUAUAAAUACUUCGAACUGUUUGACUAAUCAAUCGAAACAAGAAUUGAUCAAUCAAAGAAUGCUUCGAAGCGUUUGUAGCGUCAAGUUGACUGUAGCCUUAAACAUAAUGGGAAAUUGGAGAAAUUUCAAAUUUGGCCUAUAUUGUUUCCACGUUUUCUCACUCAGUGUUACUAAUUGCAUAUCGUGAGAAGUUGCGUCCAAUCUGAUAAAGCUAACGAUUAAUGCAAUGACAAGAAUCGUUGGAAAUAUAUUCAGAGAUUUUGCAAUUCUACCUCUCAUGUCAGUGUAUUACUUGUAUUUCUUAAACAGCACGUAAUGCAUAACAAUCUUGUUGUAAAUUCACAAAUGAUACUAGUGUUAGAAUAAUGAAAUGAAUCAAAAAAUUCGAGUUUAUGGUUCUUUUUUUAUUAUGUAUUUUUAUGUGUUUCUUUUUUCACUUAAGGAAAUUCUUUCAAGAUAUAUCUGCUGAAUUUUUCGUUUUGUGUGCAUGCAAAAAAUCUACGGAAAUAUAUGGCAUUAUUAUGUAUGUGAUAUGUAUGUGUAUACGAAUGUAUUAUUCUAAAAAUAUCGUGUUCUUCGUUCUGUGUUUUCUAUAGAAAGCUAGAUAACAUUAGCUUGAACGUUACAUGCUCUCCUAAAAAGCUACAAUUCUAUGGUCUCUUGUUAAUAAAGUUUACGAAAACUUAUUGUUAUCACUCUGCUAUUUAAGAAGAUUAAGUUAGUAAAAUAUAAGCUAGAGAGACGUAUGUGAUCAUAUCAGCGUUACUGAUUUACGCCGAGGCAGUGUGAUGAUUGUGUAUAUGUAUAUAUUGUUCUGUACGUGAAAAAUACGUAUUCCUGCAAGAUCUGUGACCUAAAAAUAAUUGUUGAAUAUUUAUAAAUACUUUAUAGCACUACUUACUUUUGUAUAGUGUGAUUACCGUUUACAUUCUCCUGGCGAUGAAAUGGUGUAAAGCCAUUUCACGUUAUUUAAUUUGUUUUUUUUUUAAUCGAACAAUUCCGAAGAUAUCCUAAACAAAUAAUAUACGAAUAAUUAUUACACCACAGAAAAUAAUGUACAAAUGAUUUGUAUGAAAGAGAAGAAAAUAUAAAUUUUAUUUUACGUUAAAAUUCUGAUAUGUAUUAUAUACACAUACUAUGUAGCCUGAUAUGUAAGCGCUACUUGUUGCCGCGUGAAAUUUAUUUGCAUAAUAACGAUAAUAAUAGGUAAAAUAAAAAUCGAUUCGAUAAGGACGUAUUGUACACAGUUAUGAAAUAUUCUGUCGUUUAAUUCAUUGAGAUUUUAUACCAUUACACUCGUCUUUCACUUAUUGAAGUUAUAUAAAAGCUUUAUACAUAUAACCGUCGUUAUUAUUUGCUUAAAUAACUAUUUUUUUCUGACUUAUUCUGACGAUUUAUCGUAAUUGUUUCAGAUGUAGAAAAAAAUCAUCGUACAAAUACACACAUUUCUAUCACCAUUAAAAUCAAGUUUAGUAUUGCGAGGUAUACAUGCUUAUAUGCAUUAAAAUAUUGUAGGCCAAUAUAGAUGACGUUAUUUGUUGGGCUUUUAAAUGUGUUUAUUCUGAAAAUAAAAAUUAUGAAUCUCUUCGAACACCGUCCGCAAAUUUGAUUAUAAAAUCUAGGGCUAAAUCAAGAGAAUGUUAUCGUGUAAAGAAUGUCCGAACGAAUGUUUUGCAGUAGUUUCACAUCUAAUUAGUGAUGAGUAAAUCCGUAUGUAAAACAUUAUAUAGUAUACAUAUAUAUUUAUUCAAGUAUAUGCGAAUUUUUAUUGUUUACGAUUGAAUUUAAUGCAAUGUACAUAUAUACGUGCACUGUCGUUCAGAUUUGUGCAAGGAUCUAUCGAUGUUUUUAGUGCCAAAUUGUUACUGCGUAUUAAUAAUGUACAACAAAGGCUUUUGACAAAUUUAAA